ACCUCACCCUCACAUCCUCAUCCCCCUCAAGACUACGACACCAUGGUUCGCGGUCCACGAAAGCACAUGAAGAGGCUCGCUGCCCCAUCCUCCUGGAUGCUGGACAAGCUGGGCGGCACCUACGCUCCCCGCCCCUCGAACGGUCCACACAAGACCCGAGAGUCUCUCCCCCUGGUCAUCCUCCUCCGCAACCGUCUGAAGUACGCUCUCACCGGGCGUGAGGUUAUUGCCAUCACUGCUCAGCGACUGAUCAAGGUGGACAAUAAGGUCCGAACCGAGCCCACCUACCCCACUGGUCUGAUGGACGUUGUCUCCAUCGAGAAGUCGGGAGAGAGCUUCCGUAUCCUCUACGAUGUGAAGGGUCGAUUCGUCGUUCACCGAAUCACUGGCGAGGAGGCUAGCUACAAGCUGCUGAAGGUCAGGAAGGCUCAGCUCGGUGCCAAGGGUGUCCCCCUCAUCGUCACCCACGACGGCCGUACCAUCCGAUACCCCGACCCGCUCAUCCGUGUCGGUGACACCGUUCGCUUCAACAUCGAGACUGGCAAGCUGGAGGAGCACAUCCACCUCGACACUGGCAUCACCUGCAUGGUGACUGGUGGUCGUAACCAGGGUCGUGUUGGUACUCUGGUCGGACGUGAGAAGCACACUGGUGGAUUCGACAUUGGCCACGUCCGUGACGCUCUGGGCCGAGACUUCUCGACCAGGAUGAACAACAUCUUCGCCAUUGCUCCCCCCGACUCGAAGCCCUGGAUCUCCAUCCCCAAGGGAGGUGGUAUCAAGCUGUCGAUUGCCGAGGAGCGUGACCAGCGCAGGCGUCAGCGUGAAGCCAGGGAGGCUUAAAAGGGUCAAGGUGCAGCAGCGAUGCUCGUCUUUUCUCUUGUGUAGUCAAUUGUUUUCCUUUACUGCUUUGCGUCC